CUUUACUAUAGUAGAGUUCGUAAACUUCAUCGCUUGGGCGAAAAACCAACGGGAUGUUGUUGGGAAUUCAACAAAGCGGACAGCAGAGAUAUCAGCGCUUAGUACGGCAGUGGGAGGGAUUGAAUGUGACAGGACUAAACGGCACUAAAGCGUGAAAUAAUUUAUAUAACUGGAAUUUUUUCUCUGCACGCCGGAAAUAUUUGAGUCGGGCGGAGCGAGUGUUUGCAGCUGGUCGCGCGCUGUCAUCGUUACAUUUUCGGUGCAUUGAGCGGCUGACGAAUGCCGUGUAAAAGGACAUUUAUUUAACAAAAAACCGUCAUAUUAGAUUUGAUAACGGCCCGGUUAACGACUGACUGAUGCUCCGAGCCGGCAGGAUGGACGAGUUUAUUACUGAGGAGGACGAGCCAUGGUACGACCAGAGAGACCUCGAGCAAGAUCUGCACUUAGCAGCUGAACUGGGCAAAACUCUUUUGGAGCGCAAUAAAGAGCUGGAGGACUCGCUGCAGCAGAUGUACAUCAACAAUGAAGAGCAGGUGCAGGAGAUUGAGUACUUGACCAAGCAGAUGGAAAUGUUACGUGAGAUGAACGAGCAGCACGCUAAAGUCUACGAGCAGUUGGACAUGACGGCACGUGAGCUGGAGAUAACUAAUGAAAAACUGGUACUGGAGAGUAAAGGAUCUCAGCAGAAGAUUGACAGACUGACGGCCACUAUGGAGAUGCUGCAGGGACAGGUGGACACGCUGACCGCUCGUGUGGAGGAGUUACGAACGCUGGAGGAGCUGAGAGUUCGCAGAGAAAAGAAAGAGAGACGAAAAACCGUCCACUCGUUCCCCUGUCUGAAAGAGCUCUGCACCGCUCCCAGGUACGAAGACAGUUUCAUGGUGUCUUACCCAGGCAGUGGUGAUCUAGAGGAAUGCCAGCCAGAGGAUGAAGAAAACGAACAUCUGCGAGUGAUGGUGUCUUCUCUGCGUGCAGCCGUGGCAGCGGAGCGCGGCCGUCGCGAAGCCGCGGAGCGGGAAUGUUCUGCAGUGCUCCAGGAGUACGAGCGUUUGGAACAGCGUCUCCUAGGGGCCGAAAACUGCCAGCGUCGUGUGUACGAGCUGGAGGCGGAGCUGCAGGAAAUGCAGCAGCUACGCAAGUCCCGCGUUUGCCUGCUGAGCGGGGAAGAAGGGCUGGAGCAAACGCUGCUCAACAGCGCCCCCGAGACGGACACGCCGGACGAUGCCGUCAUCGGCGGGACGCCCAACGGAGAUGCGUCAGAUGCAGCACCCGUCCGGAAGAGUUGCAGCGACACGGCUCUGGAUGCCAUUUCUGCAGUCGACGCCUCCGGUAGACGAAAAGGUAGCUAUGCGCUGCAUGCCAACGGCGUGCGGAAGAGGGGCAUGUCCAUCCUACGGGAGGUGGACGAACAGUACCACGCCCUUCUGGAGAAGUACGAAGAGCUGCUGGGGAAAUGUCGGCGCCACGAGGAAAGUCUGUGUCACGCUGAAGUGCAGACUUCUCGUCCCGUGUCCAGGGACCCGUCUAUGAAGGAAUGCCGGGUGGCAGAACCCCAGCAACCGCCAACUCCGCCCCAGACGCCCUCAACUCCAGAGGCCCUGGAAGGCAUCAGCCGACAAGUGGAGGCGGUGGACAAACGGCUGAGCCAGAACACUCCAGAAUACAAAACCCUCUUCAAAGAGAUCUUUUCCCGCUUGCAGAGAACCAAGACUGACAUAAACUCCAGCAAAGGGAGGAAAAGUGGAAAAUAGACCUUUUUCUUGCUCCUAAUUAAUUGUGUGUUCAUUUUUCAGAGCUGCAGUAAGUGACAACACUACAUAACAACGUCAUUGUGGUGCCAGGUAUUACAAGACAACGCCGCCUCUUUCUGUUAACAGGAAAUUGUUUUGUGUAUGAUGUUUGUGUCUUUUAAGAUAAACCAUAUACUCACUAUUGGUUCGUGUAAUCCACAGGUAUAUUGAGCAGCACAGGAGGUGAUGUGGAUUAUUUGCUUUCUCACAAUCUUAUAUGUAUUACACCAUCAUCAUUAAUAACCAUAGUAUUGUGUAACCACUUUAGUUCAACAUUAAAUGACACUUUGCUUUAUAA